AUGGCACUCAAAAACAUACUCCCGCUACAUCGAAAAGACCCAUCCUCUACAUCGUCCCGCGAUGCUAGAAGUUCGUGGAAGACGGCAAAUCGAUGGCGCAUUGAGUUGAUUGCUGCAACCUCUGAGUUCGCGGGAACCUUCAUGUUCCUCUUCUUCGCGUUCGGAGGCACAAGCAUAGCUCAAAACAGCCAAGAGGCGAUGUCUAGCAGUGGAACAGCACCAAACACAAGCGUACUGUUGUACAUAAGUUUGAUCUUCGGAUUCAGUCUCAUGGUGAAUGUGUGGAUCUUCUUCCGCGUGAGUGGCGGCCUCUUCAAUCCAACCGUGUCCCUUGGCCUCUAUCUCAUCAACAUCAUCCCCCUCCCCCGCGCCAUUUUUCUAACCAUCUCCCAACUCCUUGCCGGUAUUGCUGCAGCUGCAGUAGUGUCCGCCAUCCUCCCUGGCCCCUUAAACGCUAGCACUACCCUGCAGGCCGGCAUGACACCCGCACAAGGCGUCUUCCUAGAAAUGUUCAUGACUUCUUUCCUCGUCUUCACAAUCUUCAUGCUAGCAGCCGAAAAACACAAAGCCACCUUCCUCGCCCCCAUCGGCAUCGGCCUCUCCCUCUUCGUCGCAGAACUGCUGGGCGCUUUCUACACAGGCGGCAGCUUGAAUCCCGCGCGCAGCCUGGGACCAGCAGUUGUAACACGCAGUUUCCCCAGUUACCAUUAUGUUUACUGGGCGGGACCUGUUAUGGGGACCUUGUUGGCAUGGGCUGUGUAUAAGCUUGUUAAGGUGGGAGGUUAUCAGACGGUCAACCCGGGUCAAGAUUUUGACGAUAAUGAGAUGAGGAUGUUUGACCCACCAGAGCAUCCACAAAGCGAGGCGCAGGUUGAGAGGCCGAAUGUGGCGGCCGAGGGUGUGGCGGAUGCUUUGAGAGUAGGAAGUCGAAGUGAGAGGGGCAUUAGUGAAGAAGGGAAAGAGAAUAUUAAUGGUUAG